AUGGAGAUCCUGGCCUCGCUGGAUACCAUGCCGCUCUCUUUGGCGGUGUACAACACCGGAUCGGCGCAGGUGUUCGAGCCGCUCCGCGUUGAGCUCUUGGGCGGCUCGGCUUCCCCGCUCGCAACUGUCCGGCCGCUUGUUGCAGCUGCGCUUGGCAGCCUGCUACCGGGUGAGCCAGAGUUUGUUUUUGUGGCUCCGGAUGGCGCUGCUGUGGCUGCAGAUGACGAGGCGCGCAUCGCCCUCGGCGAGAUCCUGCCGCGGCUGCCGGCUAUCAACGGGCGCGCUCCGGGCACAAAGUCGUCGCCAGAGCCUCUCGGUGUCUUUGCCUACAUCCCAGUCUCACGCCGUAACCACAAGCGCGAUCUGGUUGUCCGCCGGACGCUUGCUUCACGCAAGGCUACCAACCAGGCCCGAGUCGCUGCCGUUGUCAACCACGCUCGGCGAAAGGCCGCCGAUCGUCGCCGUCGCUGGCACCGCGCCCCGCGACUGGACGUUUAUGCCAGCGUCAUCCGUAUCAACAUCAUCAACCUUGACGCACUGCUGCUCGCAGCUGCUGACUCUUUCCUUUCGCUCCCCUCGUUCUUGGGCCCUGAUGGAACGCUUGAGCUUGUCCGCGCCGCUUCGGCCUCGCCGUCCAUCGACGCGCCACUUGUGGGCGACGCGCUUAGCGGCCAGACGCUUCUCCACGCCCAGCUCGCGUCCUUUUCGUACUCGGAAGUGGCUCGCCUUGUGGCUGCCUUUCCAGAUCUUGUCCGCGUUGUCGACGCUUCCGGCAACACGCUUGCGCACAUUGCGGCAGCCUGUGGGCGCGACGACGUGCUCCCGCUGGUUGUCCGCAACUUUCCGGACGUGCUCGUGAUGGCUAACUGCGCCGGGGCCACCCCGCUUCACCUCGCGACUUGGCCGACAAAGACGGCAGCGGCCGCCGAUGCCAGCUUCUUGGCCUGCCUCUCGGCGACGUCACGCGCAACCUUUUCGCUGUCCGAGCUUGCGGUCCGCGACGUGUCUGGUGUAUCUGUUCUGGCCAUGCUGCGAAAGCACGGCCACGUAUCACUGCUCGACUACGUAGUCUCUGGUGCUACGGACAAGGUGAUGGCUAUUCUCUCGGGCGAUGACCCGUUUUACCCGUCAGAUGCGCCGCUUGUCUCCAACCUGGCGCACAAGCCUAGCCGGGCUGCCUUUGGCUCGACGGGAUGGACCGUCCUUCACCAUGCGCUCUGCUCCACGCCACGCUCCGAGCUCAUGACCAUGCUUGAUGUGCUCUGCACCUUUGGCGCCGAUGCUUCCGCCACCGACCGAGGCGGCGAGUCGGCGUUGCAUCUUGCUGCACGCCUCGGGCUUGCCGACGCGCUCGAGUUCCUAGCCGGAACCUGUCAGCCGGCAGCGUUGCUAGCGUGCGACGCAAAGUGCCGCUCGCCGCUACUUGUGGCGGCGCUUGCCGGCCACCAUGACCUGCUUGACACAAUGCUAUGCAUGGUGCUUUCCGAGUACACGCCGCAGGUCAGCCGCGAUGCAGGCCGGCCGGCGGCACACGUCGUCUCACCCAACGACGCCUUUCGCGCUCUCAACCGGCCCGAUGUCCACGGCGCAACCGUGGCGGCGAUCACCGGCGAGAAUGAGUGGCUGGGUAUCUUUGGCAAGCUGCUCCGGAUGGGGCUGGUCGAUGUCAAGGCGCCGUCGCCUGCACUUGUCACGCGGCUUGUGAUUAAGCAUGUGUGGCCAAGUCUGGAGCUUAUGAUGAGCUUGCCUACCUUUGACGCUGUCGCAGCGAUGCAUGUCCAGUCGCUGUUUGGCAAGGUCACAUUCCUGGGCAUGCUUGCAGCGGCCAAUGCACCGCUGCAGCUGGCGGAGGAGCUGCUGAGCAUUGUGGCAGCGUGCGGCGAGCAUGUCAUGGACUAUACCACGCCUGGCGGUGUGCCCCUGGUCCUCGAUCUGGCUGGGCGCGGCGAGGCAGGCUGGGUGUGCUCAGUGAUGGCGACAACGCCGCCACGUGUGUUCUGGCGCGAGUACACGCCUCCGUUCGGUGCAACCUGGUUUGCGCCGGUGGCGGCUGUAGAGGGGCUCUUCCGGCUACUGGCCUUUGGCGAUGUAACGCCUGCUCUGGCCGAAAGGGUCGAGACCCACUGGCAGCUGUACGGUGGGCACUGGAACCGGCGGCGGAAGGCGUCGCUGGCUGGGUCGAGGCCUACUCUCUUGGAGGCUGCCAUCGGCUCGGCUUUUGGCGGCUUCUCGGUCCUCAGCGCGGCGGCAGCCAGUGGCUCGUCGGACCUUGUGCGGCUCCUGCUGCGCGAUGUGGAACGGAUUGAGCUGGAGCCAUAUCUGGACUCGGCGCUCAACAUGGCAACGCUUCGAGGCCACGUCCAGGUUGUGAAACAGCUGCUAGCGGCGGGCGCCGAGCCAAGCUUUGUAACCCUCGCGCUUGCGGCCUGGUUCGACCGCUACGCUCUGGUCAAGUUCCUUGUUCACAAGAUGAGCGUGAGUGUGAUUGGCCCGAUUUCCACGCAUUUGUUCCGGGUCGACGUCCUCGGCGACGACGUCCCCCUAAGUGGCUCGUACGUGGUGAGCACCAACGCGGCGCAUGUGGCGGCGACAGCGGGCUCGAUGCGCUCGCUCCUGCUGGUGCUUGAGAGCGGCGAGCUGAGCGGUGACGUCCUGCGCGAUCUGGUUGUGGCGCCCGAGCGCGAGGACGACGAGGCUGGACCAGAUCUGCUCGCGUUCCUGCGCUCCAACUCAUGGACAGUGACUCAGCGGGUGUGUGAUUGUCUGGCGCGAUCACAGUUUAAGGGGAAGAACGCGCUUGCGGGGCUCGAAGUCCUCCGUCGCCUGGUCUCGCUCUCUGUUCCACCGGUGUGCGAGAGCGGUGCGAUUACAGCGUCGUCGAUCCCGCCACCGAUGUACUUCUUCCUGCGGUACGGUACCGCCCACGAUGUCGAGGCAGUGCUGGCCGGGUUCACUUCCUCGCAGUGGGGUGCACGCCAUGUGUUCUGGCAGCGUGGGAGCAAGGUGGUGGUCGACUGGCACUGGUUGGCGGUGACGAGCGGGAACGAGCUGGCGGCGGCGGCGCUCUUUGCCAACGGCAUCAUGCCUGAUGCACGCGCUGGCAUCGAGAUUAUACAUCGGCGAGCCGUCGCAAGUGGCCCAUUUAUGGCCUUGGCCGAGCCGCGGGGUGAGGUCAUGGUGGAGGGUGGUGGCGGGAGCAAGGAUUACAAGAUUGCGUCAACGCUCUCUCGGCUCUCGUUGUCAGUGGCUGUGCUGGCAGCGCCAGCUCGGAUGCUGCGUGCGUACCGCAUGUACAUGUCAGGAUGUGACAUGGCGGCGGGCUCGGGCUGGGGGGUCAUGCACGAGGCGGCGCGACGCAACGAUGCCAAAGUGCUCGAGCUGCUGCUGAGCGGAGGGUGCGCGACGUCGCCUGUGGUUCGGGUCCAGUCUGGACCGGGCGGCGCCGUGGCAGGCGUGACGCCUCUGUACGUGGCAGCGCGCAAUGGGCACCUGGAGAGUGUGCAGCUGCUGCUUGCAGCAGGUGCCGACCGUUCGCGGGUCCAUGGUGAUCCGGUGGAUGCCUUGCUCUGUCCACUCAACGGAGCGCUGCUGGGUUCGUCGACCACCGCGGCUGGUGUGUUGCUCCGAGCCAUGCUCGGACUGCGUGGUACGGGCGUGCUCUCGGGCGAGACCCUUGGAGCGUUUGCACGCUCUUUGGAGGAUUCACAGCCAGUCUGUGGUCAACGCUUUGGCAGUAGGACGUACUGGUCGGCGAAGCGCAGACCGUGGUCGUCACGGCAUGCUGUCACCGAGCCGAAGCUCUCUGGUGCGUGGACAGCGACGCACUCGCCACUCCACCACGCACUGGGCGAGCUGCAUCUCGGCAUUGCACGCACACUGCUUGACCGCGGAGUGCCUGUCAACAGCCACUAUGUGACUGAGAGUGGGCAACAGAUCACCAGCCUGCUCCGGCUCCUCGACGCACUUGACGCGCGGCGAGUCCGUGACGCCGGAGUGGUCGCCGAGGCAGACGCUCUGGCCGAGGCUCUCCUUCGCGAUGGCGCCGAGUACAUGGAGCCCGGUCCGUGUGGCCGGUACCCGCUGAUUCUUGCUGCCGAGCGAGGGCUCGCCGGCGCUGUGGUGAUGAUGGUCGAGGGUCUUUCGGCAGCCAGAUGGGCAGCUGCGCUGGAUGAGGACGCCCUGUGCGCGCUGGCGCGCGCAGGCGCAGUCUCUGGCUGCGAGCGGAUCGCACGGGCAGUGGCGAGUGUGCUCCAGCAUGUGCCGCAUGAGGCGCUUGUUCAUGCGCUGAGCGCACCGUCGAGCUGUAGGGCCGUCGGCGCGCUGCAUGCCAGCUGGCUGCAUGGCUCGUGGUGGACGUCGGGAAGAGUUGUGGCCCAAGCAGUCGGCGGCAUCAACCCACGGUCGGAUGAGUGGCUACUCUUUAAGCCGAUGGCGCUUGCACUGUGUGCCCGUCCGGCGCCCGAUGUCUUGCUUGAUUUUGCCAAGUCCGGCGGAGCGGACAGUCUCUAUGCCGCUCUCAUUGAGCUCUUUGGCGUCGUCCGCCAGCUCCAAGGCCGCAAUCUGCGUGCUGCGCUUGCUGCCGCGCGACAGGCUGCGCUUGCUCGGUUGCACGGCGAAGCGAUCGAGUAA